AGCGAAAAUUAGUAAUACCUUCAAUAGUAACAUCUCAUGAGACAAAACACCUUUCUAAAAUAGAUGAUCAAGGGAGUACUCGUUUCCAUGUUCCCAUAAUAAUUUUUUACAAAUAAAAUUUAUUAAUGGAAGGCAAAGAUCCAGCAAAAGUUAUCAAAGAUGAAUUGUCGAAAACACUUGUGUUUUACUAUCCAUUAGCUGGUAGACUCAUUGAAGGGCCUAAUAAGAAGCUUAUGGUAAAUUGUAAUAGUGAAGGAAUUAUGUUUAUUGAAGCUGAUGCUAAUGUGGAGGUUGACAAAUUAGGUGACUCUAUUAAAUCACCAUGUCCAUACUUAGAAGAGCUACUAUAUAAUGAGCCAGGAUCUGAUGGGAUUAUUGGUUGUCCAUUGAUGUUAGUUCAGGUGACUCGUUUUAGGUGUGGUCGAUUUGCUGUUGGAUUCAGAGUUAAUCACACUAUAAUAGAUGCUUAUGGAUUGAAAAUAUUUCUAAAUGCAUUAAGUGAAUUAAUUCAAGGAGCUUUAACACCUUCUAUAUUACCUGUAUGGCAAAGGGAUGUCCUAAGUGCUAGAUCAUCACCAUACAUUACAUGUACUCACCAAGAGUUUGAUGAGCAAAUUGAAUCAAGAAUUGCAUGGGAAUCUAUUGAAGACAAGUUAAUACAACAAUCAUUUUUCUUUGGAAAUAAGGAGAUUGAAGCCAUUAAAAAAUAA